CCUACGCCACCGCCGGACCGCUUCAAGGCUCCACCCAUCCGCCCGUCCUCCGACGUGCACUGCUCUACGCCACCGUUCAUUUCUUCCCGAAUAUCUAUGAAUGAGAGUAAAGGGGAGAAGCUUGGAAGCAUUUGGGCAUGACUUGAUGGAGCAAAACUCAAAACGAACAACUCAAGAUCGCAUCAGUAACUUAGCAGAUUCCCUGCUGCAUCACAUCUUGUCUUUCUUAAGUAGGAAAGAAGUGGUGAAGACUAGUGCAUUGUCAAAAAGGUGGCAAUAUGUUUGGACCUCCGUUCCAACACUCGAUUUUGUGUCCUAUUCUAUUUAUUGUAGAGAGCAGGAAUAUGUGGCAUGGGUUUACGGAACCUUCUUCGUUACCAAAGUAGUAAUGUGGAGAGGUUGAAAAUUCAUUUCUACUUUGACACUCGUUUUGCCAACGAUGUUGAUACAUGGAUUUGGUUUGCCACAGAGAGAAAUGUGCGAGAUUUGAGGUUAAGUUUAAGUUAUAAAUACAGUUUGCCUCAAUCUCUGUAUUCCUACUCGUCAUUGACAAAUGUGAGUUUGUCUUGCUGCCGAGUGGAACCAAAAGGAGGUAUUUCUUGGGAGUCACUUAAAAGUUUAUCUAUGGAUGGGGUGACGUUGGAUGAGAAUACUAUUGCAAAGUUGUUCCUUGGCUGCCCUUGCCUGGAGUUCUUGAAAUUUCAAAGCUGUGAUGGCUUCACUCGUUUAGAUGUCAGAUCUGACAGCUUGAGAGAAUUGGUGAUAGAAAGAAAUUAUCAUGAAAUGUCAACUCCAUUAGAAAUUUCAUCCCCGAAACUUCAACAUUUGCAUAUUGUCGGUAUCAGGUUGGAACAAGUUCGGUUAACUGAUGUCUCAUCUCUUGUCAAAGCCAAACUCAAGCUAAAGGCUGACACUUCUGAUUACUCUUCUUUCCUUGAAGAGCACAGCCUUAACUGCAUUAAGCUUCUGGAAAGCAUGCAUAAUGUAAUCAAACUUGAACUCGAACUUUGGGAGUUUCAGGCUAUACUGUUUUCAGAAGUGAAGCCCUCGGCAUCAAAGUCUCCACCCUUCACAUGCCUGAAGAUAUCCAAGUACAAUUCCGUAAGAGAUGUGUUCGGCAUCAUAGCCUUGCUACAAUGUUUACCAAACUUAGAGACUCUAGUAGUGAAUGAUGUUCAGCGAUCGUACUACUCGGAUUCGCCUAAGAGUAUUUCUGUAUCGGGUAUUGGAAAGAUUCCCCUUCCAUACCUAAAGACUGUCAAGUUCCAUGGGUUUAAGAGUCUGGAAGAGGUUGACGAAGACACCCUUAAGCUUGCGAAACUGCUGCUGAAGAAUGCUGAACAUCUGGAGAGGAUUGUUAUCAAUGUGGGAGAACAUCAGAUGGUUUUGGGGCCUCAUGCUGCAUGAUAUUUCGAAACCUGCAAAGAUUUGAAAGACGCCUUUUCUUCCUCCGUUUCUUUAGAUGCACUUUUUUUGAAGUCUGGGAGUGUUGCUUGGUUAAUACGGGGUGCAAAAAGGCACAACGAAUGGGUUUGGGUCCUGGCAACGGCGAUAAAGGACAACCAU